UGGGGAGGAGGGUGGAGAGGGGCUUGGAGCGCAACUCUUACUGUUUGUCCUGUAGCGCGAGUACCGCCCUCUGCUAGUGAGGCGUUUGGGGGCGAGCAGAGCGCGCACUGGGCCGCACACCGAGCGAGCGUUUCCCGCUCCCGUUGUGCUGUUUCCGCGGGCAGCUCACGCGCUGCUCCUCAGGUACUUGCGGAGCCGGAAGCGCGAGCCGUGGGCGCCGCGCUCUCGCGCACAAACAGCAAGAAGCGCGGCUUGUCGACGGAGCGGAGGUGCAGUGGGCGGGAGUCUGGGGACGAGCGCGCGCGCCGCCGCCGAGAGUUUAAGCCCGAGAAGAAGGAGGAAAAACGGGAGACAGCAUGAGUGACCUGAGGAGAAAGAAGCUGCUGGUCUUCAUGGACGUGCUCUGUGUUUUCGUGGCUGCAUUGCCUUUUAUAACCAUGAACCUGGUGUACAAGCCCUAUGAGCGGGGGAUCUACUGCGAUGAUGAAAGCAUCAAGUACCCAUACAAGAAUGACACCAUCACGUAUGGCCUCAUGGCAGCUGUCACCAUCUGCUGCACCGUCAUUAUUUUAUGUUCAGGCGAAGCUUACUUGGUGUACAGUAAGAAGAUCCGCUCCAACUCCACCUUCAACCAAUAUGUAGCUGCACUCUACAAGGUACUGGGCACAUUCCUGUUUGGAGCAGCAGUUAGCCAGUCCUUCACAGACCUGGCCAAGUACACCAUUGGCCGCCCGCGACCCAACUUCCUGGCAGUCUGCGCUCCCAAAACCUGCAGGGGCUACAUGCUCCAAAUCAACUGCACUGGCAACCAUAACAAUGUCACCGAGUCUAGGUUGUCCUUCUAUUCCGGCCACUCCUCAUUUGGGAUGUACUGCAUGCUCUUCCUGGCGCUCUAUGUCCAGGCAAGGCUUGUGGCAAAGUGGGCCCGACUCCUACGCCCUACAAUCCAGUUCUUCCUUGUGGCAUUUGCUAUCUAUGUGGGGUACACCCGUGUGUCUGAUUACAAGCACCACUGGAGUGAUGUUCUGGUCGGUCUCCUACAGGGGGCACUCAUUGCCAUCCUAAAUGUGCACUAUGUGUCAGACUUCUUCAAGCCUCGGCCGCAGUGCUGCUCAAGCCCUGAGUCACCCGAGAGUGAGAAGUUGGAGCGCAAUGCAAGCCUGCAGAUUGUUGACACGGACCGCGCCACUACCAACCAUUACAGCUACCCAAGCACCACGUGAAGGCUGUCCCACGGUGCCCCUAACCACUGGACACACCAGGGGGUGGCCUACUCUACUGCUGCUGCACCCCUCACCCCAUUCUCUGCGCAGCAUGCAUCAUCAGCCUUCUACUGAGCACGCUGACCCCCUCUUCUCACUGGACUGAUCCUGUCCCCAACUCAUGGUGUCUCUCACUGUUUCUUUCUUGUCAUUUCUUAAUGUGCCAGCAGUUUGUCUGUAAUAAUUACAUUUCUUCAUUAAGCUGGUAUUGAUGGCAAAUGCCACGGUAGGUAGACCCAGAAAGAGAGGAUAGAGAUAGAUGUUGGUAGAGUAAGAGAGAGAAGCAGUUAAGGGGUUUUUGAGCUGACAGGGACUGUGACUCGUCUGUUCUUUGAAUUUUGAGAUAAGGGAUUGUUAGGAGGCAGGGAACUGUGUACAGAAUGUCAACUGAAUGGGAGUCACCAUAAGUGCUUCCUUUUGUACUUAAUACAUGCAUUCUCUCUGGUUUGGUGGUGCAGUUUUUAGCUGAUUAUUGAUAACUCUGGGUAAUGGUGUUGAAUGUGUUGUUCUUUCCAGUUUCCUUUUAAUUAUUUCUUCAGUUGUACACACUUGUGGCUGGAGAAUCCACAUUUCUGAACAGAUGUAAAUGUCUGUGUUUUGUUUGACAUGCCUGUUGCUGGGCUGAUUGAUUGAAUUCAUAGUUAGCUGUAGUGGUAGUAGUAGCAGCAGUAGUAUUAAUGUUAGUGAAACCCCAAAAUGGGAUUUAUGCCACAUUGCUGACAGAGGUGUCACUUGCUCAAGUGCACCUUAAUGCUAUAAUUUGGCUCAUCUCUUCUUUGGAAGUUUACUUACGCCUUUGAAGUUGGCCAAAUAAUGACGUAUUAGAGGAACUGCACAUUUAAGAGUGAAAUACCACUAGAUUGUGCACAAUCAUUGCAUCUUUUUAAAAUGUUUAUUAUCCAGCUAUCAACCUUUCAUUAUAGUGAAUGCGACUCAUGUUUUUUUUCAUUGUAGACUUUAUCCUAAUAGUCAUACAGUAUGUAUCGGCUUUAGCGCACCAGUUAUUUAUUUGUACAUAUGCUGUUCAUGAUGCAGUUAUGCAAAUAUAACACCCUGUGACAUCCCUUGAGCUUCCAUGAUAUGGAAUAAUAGAAUUCGGUAAUACUGAGCUUUAUUUCUUGAUUGGGGCCCCUUUUAUAAACAUGUGGCUUAGCUGAUUUUAUUGGUAUAACUGAAUAUUGUUGUCAUUAAACAUUAAAAUUGCUUGAUUUGUCAAUACCAAGGGUGCAAAUCUGUCAUCCUUGUGCAUCCAAGUCCUGCAAACUUCAAGGAAAUGCUUUAAUUUCAGUGCUUUAAAAAUGCUGUGAUUCAUCACCAGCAUGAAAUGACUUAUGCAUAUGAUUAGUUCCGUAGAACAAUUGAGGGCUGAGUUUUACUUGGCAGUACAUGCCGUAUGAUGACCGGGGUCAUGUGCCUGUAGUCUAGAUGAUGGAUUAAGGUCUAAGUGUAUGCACUUUUAUAGUGAUUCUUCACAAAAAAUAAGCUUUGCAGAUGAUUAUUGACAGUGGGGCAGCUGCUGAAUAAUCAGUCUCAAUUUUAGUUGCAGGCUUUGAGAAGUUGAUCUGUAAGGACCUUGAAAUAACUGAAGGUAUUCCUGGAGAGGCCAAAUCUUGAUGAGUGAAAUGAGUUAUGGGCAUUCAAUGAAAUCUGCAUUGUUUUUUCCUGAAGUAAAAAAUAUCAAAGUGCCCCACUCAGUGCAAGAAAAUGGAAGAAUACUGGAUAGCUUGAGGGAACACCAUGGGACAGCAUAUCUUUAAUGGCCAUUUAAAAAUUUCUCAGAAUUGUAUUUGUACAGGUGGUAUAUUUGAGCAUUACUGGUUUGGUUCACCCUUGUGUAUUCUAGAAGAGACUGGGAUGAAGCUCACCAUUGUUAGGCUAAAGAAUGUAGUUGGCUGCAUCCUUAAGCUUUUAAAUGUGUAUUUCAUCAGUCUUUACAUAGUUUACCAGAAAAAAAAAUCUCAUUUUUAUUGAGUGGCAUAAUGAAGUAUGUACUGAAAUGUUUUUCCUAGCAGUUGAGAAAAAUGUCACUGGUGUUAUGAUUUACGGGAAUCCACUGCGUGGUCUUUGGUAACUGAAUGUGUUUUCUAAUGUAUCUUUUUUGUUUUAAUUUAAAAUAUAUGUUGCUACUGAUUUAGAGAGUAUGUUGAUGGCAACAGUUACAGAAAGUAGUUGGCCUCCAAGGCUCAAUGACAGACUUUUGAUUUAGAAUUUCCAUUAACUGCCAAUCUAUGAUGGUGACACCAUAAAAUACAUGCAAUGAAUUCUGUUAGGUCAGAGUAUUACUUAGCUUUCAUGUCAUUAGACCAGUUAUAUUGUUGUACUUCUUAUUCUAAUUAAUACUGACAAGUGGGUCUCAUUAAAGCUUCCAAGUAACCCGACAGCAUAUCCCAUGCUUUCUUUUGAUGGUUAGGAGGGAUACCUCGUUAGCCUUAAGAACUGGUAAUACUUAACCAAGGGUAAAACAGAUUCAAUUUCAGCACAUAAAAAAUUAGUUUGUCAUAUGCUACAUUUAUAUGACUAUACAUGCAUAGCUCUCAGUUUUUUUUUUAUUUCUGGUUUGUUGUCAUAUUGUAUGUAAGUGCAUAUAAAUCAGUGUUAAUUCACAAUUAACUUAAAUGUGUGGUAUGUAUUACUGGUUGUGUUGAAUGGGAAUUUGGAAAACUGGGGCAAAUGAUUUUAGUGUGAUCAUGAGCUUGCGUAUUCAAGCAAAAAAUUGUAUUUUGAUUAUACGGGCAUUAGGUUUCUCCAAACCAAUAUAAGGUAUAAGUUAGAUAUGAUUUUAAUCCUUUAGUUUAUUCUGAGAACUGUUGGUACUUAUCACAUUUCUAUAAAAAAAAAAAGUAUGUACAGAUGGAAUUUUCAGGUACCUGUCAUUCUUUUGGGUGCCUACUGUAUUCUCACUGCUAAUUGUUUUUAAAAGACCAACCAUUUUCCUCCUCCGCAAUAGCUUUUCAUCUGUUUGUGGUUUUUUUCCUCCCCAAGAGGUGAGGAGGAACUAUUUUUUUUUACAUUAAUUGGCCACUUACAGCAGUCUGAAUUACCAGGUGUGUUUGUAAGCAACUGAAUUUGUGUGUAGUACAUUAUAUCCUAAAAUGUCCAUUAUAAGGACGGACCAAAUAUUUUACUUUGCAUAGUAGUAAUCAGCUGAUGUACUUACAAACAAAUGUAUUUUUCAUUAUGGUAAGUUGCUGACAACUGCAAAAAACAAAAUGACAGUGCUAGAGUAAUAGGCUAACUUUAAUACCAUAUGUACAAUUACUCCUCCGAGUGUACUCAAAAGUUGACAAAUAUUAUGCUUCUAUUUUUAAAACACAUUGCGGGUCAGUGGAAUUAUGAGUCUUUAACAGAGCAGCACGGGUGUAUUUUGAAGUUUGAUCAUGUCAGAAAAAUCCAUGCCAGCAUUGUUCACGCCUAUGUGGCGAUUUGGAUACAUCACUGAAUUCAUAUUAAUUUGUACAGUGGCAUCAGUUAGGCAAGAGAAACAUCAACUGAAACCUAAGACAAAACUGAUGCUCAAUUUGCAGACUUCAGGUUGAUUGUGAAACGAGGAGAGACAAACUCCAAAAUAAUGUUUCACUCGUGUUACGGAAUGGAAAUUAAACUCCCCCAGAAGUAUUUACGGUAUUUUUUGCUUACAUUUGCUUAGGAAAACUGUAGACGUCCACUCACCUCCAUCACAGAGGUCGGUUUAUUUCAUGAAAUGUUUAAGUUCCAGUGCCAGUGGCUUCUGGCUCCUAUAAACCAGUGAGUUGUGUUGAUUGUUCCCUUCAUUAGCAAGGCACUGUGUUCUUUUUCAGGAUUAAUUGCCUGUGUGACUUGGCUGGCCAGGUCCUGAUUUAUACUGUACAAACUCCAAGACAUCCUGUAGAGAGCUUGAUUUAUAUCCCAGUCUCCCUCCUUCAUUACAAUUAUAGAACAGCUUCCCGGUCUUUAUUUAUUCCUGGCUUUUCAACUGGGCCCAUUAAUAAGAAAUAAAUGGAUACAG